AUGAAUCUACCAUCAUCAUCGUCAUCGUCAUCAGUUGAUGAUGAUCAGGACAUGUCCAAGGUCGUCCAAUCAAUCUCUUCAUGCACAUCGAUUGAUCAAUACAUGUUGGUAGGUGGUAAGGACCAGGAUCAACAUCAACAACCCAAUGACUACCAACUACUAUCAAUGAUAAGUGAACAUAUUAGAAUAAUGAGAUUGAAGCCUUAUGUUGAUGAGAAGAUACAUCAUAUCAGUCCAAUGAAUAUCGAUAUUGCAAUGUUGAAUGGUAUAAAGAAACAGAUUGAAGCAUGCUUUGAACUUGAUCCACCUGCUCCAAGACUACAUCAUCCAACUGGAACUGCGCAAGACAGCUCUCUACUAUCAGGCAAAUUGAUGUCCCUUCAUAUCAACGAAUGCUCACUGUUCUCUGGAGCACAUUCUCAGUGGACCCCAACAAAGGGUAUAUUCAUGAGACCUGUCAAUGGUGCCAGCUCCUCCCUCGUGUAUGCACAUGGCAAUCUCUACCUAUUCGGAGGCAUGACCUUCAUGGCUCACACCUACUCGUGGUACUCGUUGGCGGCCAAGACUGUCCACCACGCUGGUAUCUUUGGCGUUAGUGGAGGAUCGUCCAUCACUGCAUUCUAUGAUGGGGACAAGUACAUCUACUUGGUCGGUGGCUACAACAAGGAGACCGACAAGUAUUUGAACCGUGUCGAUCGCUUCAAUAUUCACACUCAUCUAUUCAGUCACGUUGGCAACAUCCCUCCCGUGAUGAUCUACUCUGAUGCCUUCCUACACAACAAUGUUAUAUACUCAAUCUCCACCAAGAAGAUAACAACACUCAUUCCCUCUCCUUAUCAAAAUACUCUGUACAACUUGGCAAAUGGAUUCUACUUCAAGACAAUGACCAUGUCAAUGAUCGUACCAACUUUGGCCUAUGCUACAUUCGAGAUUGAGUUGACAACUAGGUCCAUGGUCAUCAUCAUCAUUCAAUCACUCAAUAAAUAG